CAGCCAUACACAUACCUCGGUACUAGGCAGGCUUGGCCCUACCGUCGGGAAAAGAGCCAAUUUCCUUCCCUUCGGGCCGACGGGGCUGUGGGUGACUCCACGCAGGCCCCGCCCGCCGCCAGCGCCGCCCCUCGGGCCGAGCAGCUGCGGCCCCCGAUCCGUGUGGGGCCGUGUGGGGCCGUGUCGGGGCCAUGUCGCGACACAGGCGGGUUCUGCGGCGGCAGCCCGGCGGGGCUGCGGGGGACUGGGCUGCCGGCGCCGCGGGGCGCGCCCGGGCCGAGGCCCUCAGGGAGGUCGGCGUGGACGAGGUGGUGGAAAUGGCGGUGCAGCUCGCCCUGGAGCGGUUCCGGAGCGGGGACGAGGCGGAGAUGGAAUUUCCUUCUAGCUUCACUAGUACUGAAAGAGCAUUUGUUCACCGUCUCUGUCAGUCUCUUGGACUGGUAUCUAAAAGCAAAGGAAAAGGAGCCAAUCGCUACCUGACUGUAAGGAAGAAGGAUGUAUCAGAGGCACACGCAGGCAUGACUUGUGGCUUGGCUCUCCGUACGAAACACGCUGUUCGGAGUCUGAUUCAGCGCUUUCCCGUCACAAAUAAGGAAGGCACGGAACUCCUGCCAAGGACAGAGCGAGGAAAUGCCUGUGCUGUUGAAUCUGAAAACAAAGAAGUAAACAAGAUAACUUUUCGACUUAAUGAUGGUAUCCCCCAGGUCCCAGUGGAAAGAGGGGAAUCAGAGUUUGAUUCCUUCAGGCAGUCACUACCAGUUCUUGAAAAACAGGAAGAAAUUGUCCAAAUAAUAAAGGACAAUAAAAUUGUUCUGAUCAUAGGAGAGACUGGAUCAGGAAAAACUACGCAAAUUCCUCAAUUUAUCCUUGAUGACUGCUACAAGAAUGGAACUGCCUGUCGUGUGUUCUGUACUCAGCCCAGACGUUUAGCAGCUGUUGCUGUGGCUGAAAGAGUGGCAGCAGAAAGAAGAGAGAAGAUUGGCCAGACAAUUGGUUACCAGAUCCGGUUAGAAAGCAGGGUUUCUCCAAAGACACUGGUAACAUUCUGCACUAAUGACAUGCUCCUUGGCACGCUGAUGGCAGGAGACAGCACCCUCUCCACCGUGACCCAUGUUAUUGUGGAUGAAGUACAUGAGAGGGAUAGGUUCAGCGACUUCUUGCUAAUAAAACUGAGAGAUGUGCUGCAAAACCAGCAUCAUUUAAAACUAAUUCUUUCUGGUGCUGCUGUAGAUACAAAUCUCUUUAUUAGGUAUUUUGGAAGCUGCCCAGUAAUACAUAUCCAAGGGAGGCCUUUUGAAGUUAAAGAGUUGUUUCUGGAGGACAUUUUACGAAGCACUGGGUAUACAAACAAAGAGAUGGUGAAGUACAAAGAAGAGAAGCAGCAAGAAGAGAAACAGAAGUACACUCUUGCUGAGUGGUGUUCAGCUCAAGGCAACAGUAACAAAAGGACAUCUCGGAGACAAAAAUCGGUUCCAAGGGCAAAUGAGGAGUACAAAUGGUUGGAUGAUGGUGGUGACACAGUAUUUAAUCAAGUGACUGAAAAAGAUGUGAAUUGCCUUGAACCGUGGAUAGUAAAAGAAAUGGAUUCCUGUCUUUCUGACAUCUGGUUGCAUAAAGAUACUGAUUCGUUUGCUCAGGUGUUAAAUCUUAUUUUAACUGAAAAUGUCAGUGUUGAUUAUAGGCACAGUGAAACUGGUGCGACUGCUCUGAUGAUUUCUUCAGGGAGAGGCUUUUUGAGUCAAGUAGAACAGUUGAUCAGCAUGGGAGCAAGUAUCCACUGCAAAUCAUCUAAUGGCUGGAUGGCUGUGGACUGGGCUAGGCACUUUGGACAGACAGAGGUUGUUGAUCUGUUGGAAUCCUACAGCGCUUCAUUUGCAUUUGGAAAUCUGGAUGAAAGUUCCCUGGUCCAAAAUAGUGGUAGUGACCUUAGUGCAGAGGACAGAGAACUACUGGCAGCUUAUCAUCACAGUUUUGAUGAUGAAAAAGUGGAUCUGGAUCUGAUAAUGCACUUACUUCACAGCAUCUGUCAUAGUUGUGAUGCAGGAGCAAUUUUAAUAUUUCUUCCUGGGUAUGAUGAGAUAGUGAGCCUCAGGGACCGCAUUCUUUUGGAUGACAAGAGAUUUGCUGCUAAUGCUCACAGAUACCAAGUUUUCAUGCUUCAUUCAAGUGUGCAGACUUUGGAUCAGAAGAAAGUGCUUGAAACUCCACCUUUUGGCAUCCGCAAAAUUAUUCUUUCUACUAAUAUUGCAGAAACCAGCAUAACAGUCAAUGAUGUGGUGUUUGUCAUUGACUCAGGCAAGGUGAAAGAGAAGUCUUUUGAUGAGCUGAGUCGUGUUACAGUGCUAAAAAUGGGCUGGAUUUCAAAAGCCAGUGCUGUCCAGAGAAAAGGCAGGGCUGGGCGCUGUCAGCCUGGAGUCUGCUUUCGUCUCUUCAGCAGGCUGCGAUUUCAGAAUAUGUUGGAAUUUCAGUCUCCAGAACUUCUAAGAAUGCCGCUUCAGGAGAUUUGUUUGUACACAAAACUUCUGACUCCAAUUAAUUGUCCAGUUGUAGACUUUCUUAUGAAAGCUCCUGAUCCGCCGCCUGCUGUAACUGUGAGAAAUGCUGUGCAUAUGCUUAAGACCAUAGAUGCCAUGGACCCUUGGGAAGAUCUCACUGAGCUUGGUUAUCACCUCACUGAAUUGCCUGUAGAGCCACACCUCGGUAAAAUGGUGUUGUAUGCUGUAGUUCUGAAGUGCCUGGACCCCGUUCUGACCAUUGCCUGUGCUCUUGCCUGCCAAGACCCUUUUGUGCUGCCCACGCUGGCCUCCCAAAAGCGAGCAGCCGUGCUGUGCAGGAAGCGUUUUGCUGCCGGGACGUUCAGUGACCACAUGGCCCUGCUCAGGGCUUUCCAGGCAUGGCAGAAGGCCCGCAGUGACGGCUGGGAGAGAGCCUUCUGUGAAAAGAACUUCGUAUCCCAAGCCACAAUGGAAAUCAUUGCAGGAAUGAGAACACAGUUGCUUGGCCAGCUUAGAGCCUCAGGUUUUGUGAGAGCCAGAGGAGGAGCUGAUAUUAGAGAUGUUAAUGCUAACUCUGAGAACUGGGCUGUGAUUAAAGCUGCCUUAGUGGCUGGGAUGUAUCCCAAUCUGGUGCAUGUAGACAGAGAAAGCCUGCUGUUGACUGAACCAAAGGAGAAGAAAGUGCGAUUUCAUCCUACCUCUGUUCUUGGCCAGUCUCAGUAUAAAAAGAUUGCCCCAGCAAAUGGACAAGCUGCAGCCAUCCAGGCCCUCCCUACAGACUGGCUUAUAUACGAUGAAAUGACGGCAGCUCACAGGACAGCAAACAUCAGGUGCUGCUCUGUUGUGACACCUGUCACCGUGUCCCUCUUCUGUGGACCAGCCAGACUGCCAAGUAAUGCCUUGCAGGCAUCUUCAUCCUUUCGAGGGGGAUGGGUAUCUAAUGAUAGCAGUGACAGUGAGAUGGAGGACAAAACAGCUGCUGAUCUGCCACUGCUGAAGCUGGAUGAAUGGCUCCAUCUCAAACUGGACCCUGAAGCUGCUGGUAUGCUGCUGCAACUCAGGCAGAAGUGGCACAGCUUGUUCCUGCGUCGUAUGCGAGCUCCUUCUAAGCCGUGGUCUCAGGCUGAUGAAACAACUGUAAGAGCAAUUACAGCUGUUCUGAGUGCUGAAGAACAGUCUGCAGGUCUGCAGCAGCCUUCAGGAAUUGGCCAGAGACCAAGACCUGUGACUUGUGAAGAACUUCCUUUGGCAUCUACAUGGAAGUCAACCAACAGCAGAAAAAGCUCAACAGAAACUGAAUUGUCUGCCUCCUCUCAUGCUGAAAAGGUUUCAGUGAAAUCUGCUUCUCCUGCACUCCGCCAGCCAAAGAAGUACAAAGAAAAAGACAUUUUGCUGUCCAGACGAUCCUCAGCUGACAAACCAGCUCAGUCCUCAGUGAAGCCUGCAGAGAGCAGUAGCUGUUCCAGCCCCUGUGCUAGUCCUCCUUCUCCAGUGUCUGGAAAGGUAGAGUUCUCUAACAUAUCACCCUGCUUUUCCAAAGUAAUAGAAUUUCUUGCUGAUCUCAUUCUGCAAUUAGGUAUUUUACUGAUAAAUUAGGAACCUAACUUAACUUUCCAUUUAUAACAGCUGCAUAAUACUUCCUUCUGGAACUUAAAAUCUAGACUAAAUAUCCUUGUUUCACUAGUUUAAUACAGCAAAAAUAAUUUGUGGACUGCUGAGGUAAAGCUAUGCAAAGUAGAAAAAAUGAGAUUUUAAAACAAAACUUGUUCUAAUAAACGUGUAUUAGUUUUUUCCAACUACAUGAGUAUAUUAUACGCACACCUGAAGUUUUUGGAUUCU